AUGGACAUCUUCAGUGAGAAAGACCAUCGGAAUGAUGGCAGCACAACUGAACACGAACGGCAAGAUGACAGCGACCUCACCCCCACAACCUCACAACCAGCGCGCAUCGCUCCAGAAGAAGAACACUAUCUCUCGCAGUUGGCCAGCAGACGGACCAACACUGGCAUUGAACUAGUCAACUCUCUCGCCAAUAUCUCCCCCGAUGACCCCGCCCUCAACCCCGACAGCAAAGACUUCGAUCUCUACAAAUGGCUUCGGAAAACACUACACCUGCUGAAAGAUCAAGGCAUCCCACGCAAGCAAGCCGGUAUUUUUUUCGAGAAUGUUAGAGUCACAGGAACUGGAGCCGCGCUGCAGUUGCAGAUGACUGUGGCCGAUCUCUUCACUGCCUUUCUUCGACCACGGGAAACGUUCGACUUUCGCUCCAAGGAACCCAAGCAGAUCCUCAAGCAGUUCGAUGGUGUUUUGGACAGUGGAGAACUCCUCAUUGUGUUGGGUCGGCCUGGGUCGGGAUGCAGUACCUUUCUCAAGACUCUCACCGGAGAGCUCCAUGGACUCAAGCUCGACGCGAGUCAAUCGGAGAUCAACUACAGCGGCAUCCCGCAGAGCACCAUGAUGAAGGAGUUCAAGGGCGAGAUGCUAUACAACCAGGAAGUUGAGAAGCAUUUCCCCCAUCUGACCGUCGGGCAGACGCUCGAGUUUGCCGCUUCCGUGCGCACGCCCUCUAGCCGACUCCAGGGCAUGUCUCGCGAGGAAUAUGCGAAGAUGAUGACCAAGGUGGUCAUGGCGGUGUUUGGCUUGAGUCAUACCUACAACACCAAGGUGGGUAAUGACACCGUCCGUGGUGUUUCAGGUGGUGAGCGCAAGCGUGUCAGUAUUGCGGAGAUGGCCCUGGCCGGUGCGCCUCUGGCUGCGUGGGACAACGCCACGCGUGGAUUGGACUCGGCGACAGCCCUGAAGUUCGUGCAUUCCCUGCGACUGGCCGCGGAUCUCGACAACUCUACCCACGUGGUCGCCAUCUACCAAGCCAGUCAGGCUAUCUACGACCUCUUCGACAAGGCCACUGUGCUGUAUGAAGGACGCCAGAUUUUCUACGGUUCCGCCCGCCACGCCAAAGCAUUCUUCGAACGCCAGGGCUGGUACUGUCCACCCCGUCAGACGAGCGGCGAUUUCCUCACUUCCGUCACCAACCCCGUCGAGCGUCAGCCUCGCCAGGGCAUGGAGUCCCAGGUGCCCCGGACGCCAGACGAGUUCGAGGCCUACUGGCACAGUUCCCCAGAGUAUCAGGAACUCAAGCGCGAGAUGGCAGCUCGCAAGGACGAGACGCCCGCCCAUUCUCAGGAGAAACUGCGCGAGUUUCAGGAGCUGAAGCACCAGCAACAGGCGGCUCAUACACGCGACGCCUCGUCGUACCUCCUGAGCGUGCCUAUGCAGAUCAAGCUGAACACCAAGCGCGCGUACCAGCGUGUUUGGAACGAACGCUCUGCAACAAUCACCGCAUUUAUUUCCAACUGUGUCAUCGCGUUGAUUGUUGGAUCCGUCUUUUACGGCACUCCGAAUGCGACUAUUGGCUUCCAACAGAAGGGUGCCCUGCUAUUUUAUGCUGUCCUGCUCAAUGCCCUGAUGGCCAUGACGGAAAUCAAUAGUCUGUACUCUCAGCGCCCGAUCGUCGAAAAGCACAACUCGUUCGCCUUUUACCAUCCAUCCACUGAAGCAAUCGCGGGUAUUCUAAGCGAUAUACCGGUCAAGUUCUCUCUCGCCGUGGCAUUCAACCUCAUCUUGUACUUCCUGGGUAAUCUCCGCCGCGAGCCCUCUCAGUUCUUCAUCUACUUCCUCAUCAACUUUAUGGUCAUGUUUGUCAUGAGCGCCGUCUUCCGCACUUUGGCCGCUGUCACCAAAACCAUCUCGCAGGCCAUGACCUUAGCAGGUAUUAUGAUUCUCGCUCUGAUCAUCUACACCGGCUUCGUGGUUCCCACGCCCUAUAUGCAUCCCUGGUUUAAAUGGAUUCACUACCUCAAUCCUAUCUACUACGCCUUCGAGAUUCUAUUGGCAAACGAGUUUCACGGCCGCGAGUUCACCUGCUCUGAGCGUAUACCUGCAUAUAAUAACAUGCAAGGUGAUACCUGGACUUGCUCCUCGACUGGUUCUGUUGCUGGCCGUGAGACCGUCAGUGGUGAUGCCUUCUUGUGGCAGUCGUAUCAGUAUACCUAUACCCACGUGUGGCGGAACUUUGGUAUCCUGAUCGCCUUCCUGGUCGGGUUCUUGGCUAUCUAUUUCGUUUCUACCGAGCUCAAUUCCUCUACGACUAGCUCCUCCGAGGUCCUGGUCUUUCGUCGCGGGUACGUGCCUGCCUGGGCCAGAGGGAACACCGACUCCAAGGACGAAGAAGCCGGCAAAUCGACCGUGACUGCCGAACGGCAUGAAGACAAGAAACAACAGGCCAUUGCCAUGGCCCCGCAAACGGACGUCUUCACCUGGCGCGACGUUACCUACGACAUCGAGAUCAAGGGCGAACCACGCAGACUACUCGACCACGUCUCCGGCUGGGUGAAACCAGGUACCCUCACGGCACUGAUGGGUGUCAGUGGCGCGGGUAAGACAACCCUCCUCGAUGUUCUGGCACACCGCACCAGCAUGGGUGUAAUCACGGGUGGCAUGUUCGUCAACGGCAACUCGCUUGAUUCGAGUUUCCAGCGGAAAACGGGCUACGUCCAGCAGCAGGAUCUUCACCUGGAGACGUCGACGGUUCGGGAAAGUCUGCGGUUCAGUGCUAUGCUUCGACAACCGGACUCGGUAUCCAAGGAGGAGAAGUACGCCUAUGUGGAGGAGGUUAUCAAGAUGUUGAACAUGGAGGACUUUGCUGAGGCGAUUGUUGGUGUUCCCGGUGAGGGAUUGAACGUGGAACAGCGGAAGUUGUUGACUAUUGGUGUGGAAUUGGCUGCGAAGCCGAAGUUGUUGCUGUUUUUGGAUGAACCUACUAGUGGUCUCGACUCCCAGAGCUCCUGGGCUAUCUGUAAUUUCCUGCGAAAACUCGCCAACGCCGGUCAAGCCGUCCUGUGCACAAUUCACCAACCUAGCGCAAUCCUUUUCCAGGAAUUCGAUCAACUUCUCUUCCUCGCCCGUGGCGGUAAAACGGUGUAUUUCGGGCCAAUUGGUGACAACUCGCGAACCCUCCUGGACUACUUCGAAGGCCACGGCGCACGACCUUGCAAGGACGACGAGAACCCUGCCGAAUACAUGCUCGAGGUCGUCAACACUGGUGUCAACCCAUCAGGCGAAAGCUGGUUCGAUCUUUGGAAUAACAGCACCGAAUCGGCCGGAGUCCAAACCGAGAUCAACCGCAUCCAUGAGGAGAAAAAGAACGACACUGCACCAAUGGAGUUGGGUGAAGGAGCAGACCUCCGCGAGCAAGAAGAAUUCGCUAUGCCACUAUCGAAACAACUCCCCAUCGUCAUGCUUCGGGUUUUCCAACAAUACUGGCGUAUGCCCAUGUACGUCGUCGCCAAGAUGAUGCUGGGUCUCUUCUCGGGUCUCUUCAUUGGUUUCUCGUUCUUCCAAGCGGACACUUCAACCCAAGGUCUUCAAAACACCAUCUUCUCUCUCUUCAUGGUCUGCGCCAUUUUCUCCUCGCUUGUGCAGCAAAUCAUCCCUCUCUUCAUCACCCAACGCGCUCUCUAUGAGGUCCGCGAACGGCCCAGUAAGACAUACAGCUGGAAGGCGUUUAUGAUUUCCAGCAUCGUCGUUGAAAUACCCUACCAGAUCAUCAUGGGCGUGCUAGUCUACGUUUGCUACUACUACGCUGUGGUUGGUGUGCAGUCGUCCGCCCGCCAAGGUCUCGUCCUCCUCUACUUCAUCCAGUUCUUCGUCUACUCAAGCACCUUCGCGGACAUGGUUAUCGCCGCCCUUCCGGAUGCCGAAACCGCCGGUGCCAUUGUCACCCUCCUCUUCUCCCUCGCGCUGACCUUCAACGGUGUCAUGCAAACGCCGGAAGCCCUCCCCGGCUUCUGGGUCUUCAUGUACCGCGUCUCCCCAUUCACCUACUGGGUCGGCGGCGUAGCCGCAGCAAUGCUCCACGGAAAGGAGGUGAAAUGCAGUGCCGUCGAGAUGGCCGUGUUUAAUCCACCCGCCAACCAAUCCUGCGGUCAGUACAUGGCCGAAUACUUGAAGGUUGCACCCGGGUACUUGGAGAACCCCGAAGCGAUGGCGAACUGCGAGUAUUGCUCUAUGUCGAGUGCGGAUCAGUUCUUGACCGGGGUGAAAAUUAGUUGGGAUGAUCGGUGGAGGAACUUUGGUAUUUUCUGGGCUUAUCUUGUUUUCGAUAUCGUUGUUGCCGUUGGACUUUACUAUUGCUUCAGGGUUAAGCAGUGGAAUUUCAGUUUUGGGAAGAAGAAGGCUUAA